AUGGUCUUCCACGCAAUCCAUUCACUCGCAGCCGCAGUAUGGAAUCGAUCAGAAGAAGGGAGAAUCGAUGGACUCCAAUCAUCCCUUUCAUCCCUUCAAACACUUCAAUCUCCAUCCAAUUCACUCACACCAAAUCUCAACUCAUCUAUCGGUACAAAUGUGCCCGUUGUGGAGUUGAUAUUGGGAACGAUUACGUAUUUGGUAAUCAUCGCGAUGACCGUUAUCGGGAAUACUCUUGUUGUUUUGGCCGUCUUCAACUAUAGACCAUUGAAAAAAGUGCAAAACUACUUUCUCGUUUCCCUUGCUGCUUCAGAUUUAGCUGUGGCUAUUUUUGUGAUGCCACUUCAUGUCGUCAAAUUUCUGGCAGGUGGACGAUGGUUGCUCGGAGCUGUGAUGUGCCAAUUCUUCACCACAGCCGACAUUUUACUGUGCACGAGUUCGAUCUUGAAUCUUUGUGCAAUAGCGAUUGAUAGAUAUUUCGCCAUUCAUGAUCCGCUCAACUAUGCACAAAAAAGAACCCUCAAAUUUGUGUGUUUAAUGAUCGGAGCGGUAUGGAUAGUUUCAUUAUUGAUAUCCGUUCCACCAUUGAUCGGUUGGAAUAAUUGGUCAUCACAGGUGAAAGAGGGGAUUUGUGAAUUGACAUCAGAGAAAGCUUUUGUCGUCUAUUCGGCUAGCGGAUCUUUCUUCUUGCCCUUACUUGUGAUGAUCGUUGUCUAUGUGAAGAUUUUUAUUUCAGCACGACAAAGGAUUCGAAAGAAUCGAGGCCGCUCAGCUUUGAUGAGAAUCAACAAUCCACCACCAGAUGGAUGUGAAACACAAAGCAGGAAAUCGACGAAACAGGGUCACGAGGGAGCGUCAUCAUGCGGUGAGAGAACUCCGCUUGUUCAUGGAGAUGCAGCAACAGUUACAUUCAAUGGAAAGGCGUCUGAUUCAUCAAAUGGAGAUGAUUCAACAACAACGAAAAACAUGAAAUAUCACAAAAGCGGAAGUUCUGUGAGGAAAAGCACAAAGAGUAGUAUAGCCGAAUCACCGGAUAGUGAGAACCCAUCAGCCGCAUUGAGAAAACGAGAGAAAAUCAGUGUAGCGAAAGAGAAAAGAGCAGCAAAAACAAUAGCUGUCAUCAUUUUUGUUUUCGUCUUCUGUUGGUUACCAUUCUUUUGUGCCUAUGUGAUCGUUCCAUUUUGUCCGAGUUGCUCGCUACAUCCAAAGGUCGAACAAGCCUUUGUCUGGUUGGGCUAUAUCAAUUCUUCAUUGAAUCCAUUUCUAUAUGGGAUUUUGAAUCUCGAAUUUCGACGUGCAUUCAAGAAGAUUCUUUGCCCAAAAGCUGCACUUAAUAGUAAAAGACGAAGAUCAGCUGGACAUAAA